AGUCCGCUAUAACUAAGGGCAGGCGCCUAGCUCUUCAGACAUGGAUUUGGAAGCCAGUUUGCUACUGUGGAUCUGAGGUUUUUCUGAGAAACGAGGCAGUCGGAACCAACAGUAAUAACGAUAAAAACGCAGUUCGCAGAAGCCUGUGAAAGCUACUCUGGACUCUGCCAGCAGCCAAUUAUCUCGCGAGACGACGGGUCCUCAGAAGGCACAAACCUAGCGCCCAAAUUUUGCUGUCAAGUUAAAUUCCGGGGUGCGGAAGUGGCUUUGUGGUGCCGCCUCUAAUCGCUCAGAAAUCAACCCCCUUUCCACACCAAAAGCCACGUCUUCGACCGCUAUGGAAGGGCAGCGGGGGCAAGAAAGCCACGCAACCCUAGCACUUGCGCACGCUCACUUCAAGAAGGGCGACUACACCGAGGCCGAGGCGCUGUACUCCGUUUACAUUCGCCAGUGCGCCUGUGCUGCCUCCUUCCGCGCGGGUCCCGGGAGCAAAUGCAACCCUGAGGAUUUGGCUACUGCAUAUAACAACAGGGGGCAAAUCAAGUACUUCAGGGUUGAUUUUUAUGAAGCCAUGGAUGACUACACAUCUGCCAUAGAAGUCCAGCCCAAUUUUGAAGUUCCGUAUUACAACAGAGGGUUGAUACUGUAUAGGCUAGGAUAUUUUGAUGAUGCUUUGGAAGAUUUCAAGAAGGUAUUAGACAUAAAUCCUGGAUUUCACGAUGCUACUUUGAGCUUAAAACAGACUAUUCUAGACAAAGAAGAAAAACAAAGAAGAAAUAUUGAAAAUAAUUGUUGAGAUUUUAAACUUUAUUAAAAUACUAGAGCAUGAUCCUUACACCUUCAUCUAGUUAUGUAAUUUAAAAUAGAUAUUGAGCUAUUUUGAUUUAUAUUUAAGAUAAAGAGAUUCAUGCAUUAGCACUGAAAUUUAAAUAAUGUGUUUAAUUCCAGGUUGAAUAGGUAUGGUUUUUAUAAAGUGUAAAUAAGUAAUAUCAAUGUAUAAGUACAUAUUAUUACAGUAAAAUAUUUAAAGAAA